AUGGCGUCUUCGGCGACAAAAAGAAAUACUGAUGAACGAGAUGAAGCGGAUUCUAACACGACUGCAAGACCGACACCCAGUGAGGAGCCGGAACAACCUACUAGCUAUCAACAGAAUGUGUCUACAGCAGAAGAGGACGAGAAGAAGAAAGAGAAGAAACCCUCGAAAUUGAAAGCAGCAUGGGGAAAACUAGGACUGGACGUUCCAACUCUUCUGAUGAUGGGAAAAGCAGCGUUACCGCCGACUAUUGCGCUGGCCAUGUAUCAAGCAACCGAUGUUGCGCAGACAUACACGACACUAGGAUACCUCACGGCCAUUGUAUCCAUUCUUGGUUUCUGCAUCAUGCCGCGCGCAAAGUUCAUUCAGACUAUGACCAUGAACCUACUCGCUACUUGUAUCGGAGCGGCCCUUGCAUUGCUCAUGGUAUGGACCGGCGUAAAGGCGCGACAACACACGACCGAUCCUGCCGUACCUCCACAAGCCUACAAUUCUUCUCAGUCUGCUGUUCUUGCAGUUUGGCUAUUCUUCCAAAUAUAUGUGGUCAAUACUUUGAAAGCAAAGUUUCCUCAACUUGCCUUUCCCACGAUAAUAUAUGCCAUAUUUGUCAACGUUGCGGCAACCAGCGGCUUCUUGUUCCGAACGGUACCGCAGUGCCAGGCAUUCGUCCGGAAGCUGUUGGAAACAUUCUUAACAGGAUUUGCAAUUGCGACAGGUGUAAGCUUGUUCAUUGUGCCUGUCACAUCGCGUAAAGUCGUAAUGAAAGAGUUCGCAGGGUACGUUGGAUUGCUCAAGAGUGCCCUAGGUGCUCACAAGGCCUAUUUCACCAGUCUUGAAACUAGCGAUAUGUUUGCGCAGAAAUAUGUGCCAGAUACAGGAGACAAGAAGAAAGACGCAAAAUCAAAGGUGAAGCCAGAGAUUGAGGCCGUCAAGAAGAUGACUACAGCACUGCAGCAACUGCACGGCAAACUUUCCGCAGACCUCCCAUUUGCGAAACGAGAGGUAGCAUUUGGAAAGCUGUCGCCCGACGACUUGGAAGUCACGUUCAAACAUCUCAGAUCGAUUUUGCUACCGGUCCUGGGCUUGGCAUCAAUUAUAGAUCUUUUCGAACGCAGCGCGGAAAUGAACCACUGGGACGGGCAUGAAGACGAGCAUGACGAGGCCCUUCGCAGACAAACUGUAAACGAAUGGAACGAGAUGUUCAGGUUUGCGCACGAGCCGCUUAGCAACAUAUUUCAAGCUCUUGAUGAUGGUCUUUCCCAUGUUUUCUUGAGACUGCAGCUGGUGAAACCACCGAAGAAGAAAGGAAAGAACCAAGAAGACACGGAGGCAAAAGGUGACUCCGUCAAACCGGGAUAUGCUGGAUUUGCCGAUCACUUUCAGAAGCAGGCGGACGCAUUCUUCAGUACGAAAGAGACUACACUCCACCACUGGGUCAAAACAAAGGAAAUCAAGCUUAGCGAUGACUACUUCACAUGUCCCUCGGCUAUCGAUGAGGAGACCUUGAAACUUAUCCCUAGUAUUACGACAAGGAAGCGGGACCAACGCCAGCUCUUCAUGCUUCUCUACAUUAUGUUCUUGCUUCAUUCGACAAGUCGCUCAACGCUCGAACUUGUAAAAUUUGCCGACAGUAAAGACCAAGCGACCAUGAAGAACAAGCUCAUCUGGCCAGGUGGGCGACGCUUCAAGAAGUGGCUGAAGAGCAUUUUCCAAAGUCAAGACGCAAACUCAGAAGAUGAGACGACGGUCGCUGGAUUCGACAGGAACAAGACUACUGUAUACAUGGGAGAGGCAUUCAAUAAAAAGAAGGACCCAGAACAUUUACCACCCGCCAAUGCAUGGGAAAGAUUUGGAGACCGGUUACGCGGAAUUCCGGCCUUUCUCCGCAGUCCUGAAUCAGCCUUUGGAUUCCGUGCUGCUUGUGCAACAAUGAGCUUAGCUAUUGUAGCCUUCCUGCGGCCGACGCAAAGGUUCUUCGUCGAACAGCGUUUGGUGUGGGCUUUGAUCAUGGUUGCCAUUUCCAUGACACCCACUGCAGGCCAGGCAAUUUUCCAGUUCAUACUACGUAUUAGCGGAACAGCUGUAGCGAUGAUCUUUGCGUGGCUCAUCUGGUAUAUUCCCGCUCAGAAGACGCCUGGUGUACUUGUUUUCCUUUGGGUUUUCGUUGCGAUUGGAUUUUACAUUCCACUGAAGCGUUUAGACUUGGUCAUUGUUGGAAUUAUUAGCGUUGUCACUGCUACCAUGAUUGUCGGCUACGAACUCCAGGUUCGCAAGAUUGGCGAACAAGCAGUCAUAGCAGGGACAGGCCAACCUGCAUAUGCCAUCUACAUCCUAGGCCCUUACCGUCUGGCCACUGUUAUUGCCGGUCUUGCAGUAGCAUUUUUCUGGACAAUCUUUCCUUACCCAAUCACCGAGCACUCUGCUGUCCGGCAGCAGCUUGGUGGUGCAUUGUAUCUCUCUGCAAAUCUGUUUUCCAUCAUGCACGAGCAGGUCAUGGGUCGUAUUCGAGGAGAACUCGGCGGCGAAGAAGACAGUAAAAAAGACAGCCCAGGAUACCAGCUAAUCAAGGCCCGCAACAAGGUCUUUGCCAAGCAGAUGCUCACUCUCCAAGGAUUGAAGAUGCAUGCGGGCUUCGUGCGGUGGGAAUUCCCACUCGGAGGCAAGUUUCCUCGAGAGGAAUACGAAAAGAUUAUCACAUAUGUCGAGAACAUCGUCAACUACACAGCCCUCCUUGGCUACACCUCCGAAGCCUUCACGCACCCCUCACUAACCCAGCCGCAAUCUUCGGACCCAAACCUCAAAGACCCCAACAGCAAAGCCCAAUGGAUCCACGACCUCCGCCGCGUAAUCUCCGACGCAAAAGUAACAUCCCACGAAACAACCUCCUUACUCGCCAUGCUCUCCUCCUCCAUCACAAACGCCCAACCUUUACCUCCUUACCUCCGCUCUCCCCCCGGCGCCCAGCUCUCGCGCAAACUCGAAAUAGUCGAUCCGGAGAUCCUCAGUCUCAAACAUAUUACCGAACCGGGCUACGCGGCGUUUGCAGUCAUGGCGGUUAGCACAAGGUGCAUUAAUAUGGAGGUUGAGCGGCUGUUGAAGGCGGUGAAAGGGUUGGUGGGGGAGUUGGAUUUUUCGUUUCAUAUUGUUAGUACGAGGGAGGUGGAGGGGGAGUCGAGGGAGACGCUGGUGCAGAGGAGUAGUAGGAAGAUGGAUUAA